AUGAACUACGGACAAGUGGAAAAGGAAGCAUUGGCUCUGAUAUUCGCUGUUACCCGCUUCCACAAGAUGCUAUAUGGACGCAAUUUUCUCCUGCAAACCGAUCACCAAACAUUGCUAAAGGUUUUCGGCUCAAAGAAAGGUAUUCCAGUCUACACAGCAAACCGCUUGCAGUGCUGGGCCCUGACACUCCUGCUGUACGAUUUCAACAUUCAACAUGUUCCUACGGACAAAUUCGGCAACGCAGACUUCCUGUCCCGGCUGAUGUCAUCGCAGCGUCGACCGGAUGUAGACUACGCGAUUGCCUCCGUUCACGUGGAAUCUGAGGCGAAAGCAGUUCUCGACGACACCAUCAGCAACCUUCCAGUAACGCACCAAAUGAUCUUGGCUGAAACGAUGAAGGAUGCAGUUCUGCAACAAGUGGUUGGUUUCAUCAAUAACAGUUGGCCAGCAAACGCAAAGCAGAUUACCAACCCUGAUGUCAAGAAGUUCUUCGCCAGACGAGAUGGACUUCAAGUCGACGACGAAUGCGUUAUGUUCGGCGAUCGGAUCGUCGUGCCAUUUAGGUUUCGCAAGCGAAUCAUUCGUCAACUACAUCGGGGACACCCUGUAAUGGACCGGACGAAGUCUCUGGUGCGCAGCUACAUCUACUGGCCCAAUAUCGACGAUGAUGUGGCACAGUUUGUUCGUCAAUGCAGAUCGUGUGCUGAAGCAGCGAAGUCUCCAACGAAAGCAACCCUGGAGUCGUGGCCCAUUUCAGCCCGGCCAUGGCAACGUGUUCAUAUUGACUUCGCUGGCCCUAUUGAUGGAUACUACUAUUUCGUCAUCGUGGAUGCUUAUUCCAAGUGGCCCGAAAUGUUCCGCAGUCGAUCAAUUAACACCACUGCAACUAUGGACAUGCUUCGUGAGACGUCUUCCCGUUUUGGCAACCCGGAAUCAUUGGUUUCAGAUAACGGAACGCAAUUCACCAGCGAGCGGUUCCAGCAAUUUUGUCAUGCAAAUGGUAUCAACCAUCUCCGUACUGCUCCAUACCAUCCGCAGUCCAACGGCCAAGCAGAGCGAUUUGUCGAUUCCCUCAAGCGUGGCCUCAAGAAGCUGAGUUAUGGAGAAAGUUCACCUACACUGGAGCAUUUGCACACAUUUCUUUCGGUGUAUCGCUCUACUCCAAACCCAAAUACUCCGGAAUCGACGUCUCCAGCUGAAGCGUUCCUAGGAAGACCAGUACGCAACACGUUGGACCUACUAAGGAAACCUGAUUCCGUUAAUCAAGCUGCAAGGAACCACAAACAAGAUGAGCAGUUCAAUCGUCGACAUGGAGCUGUUAAAUGCAAUUUUUCGAAGGUGACGACCUGGUCUUCGUUGAGCAGCAUAGUAGAAAUGCCAAGUCCUGGGUUCCUGGCCGAGUCAUCGAACGGAAAGGUUCCGUAA